AUGGCCGAAGCGCACCCCUCACCGUCACACAAGUGCACCGACUCGACGACGGAAUCGACGCGGUCCUUUGUCGAGUCGCUCUUCACGGCCGUGGCGCUCGACAACUUCGGAGCCUCCUUCGCAGCCGCCCUCUCGGACGACCUGGUCUGGACCGUCACGGGGAGCAGUCCGAUCGCGGGCACGUACGACGGCAAGCAGACGUACGUGGACAGGGUGCUGACCCCGCUGCGCGACGUGCUGGUGACGCUGCCCGUGCCGAUCGUCGAGCAUAUCUUCGCCGACGGCGACUGGGCCGUCGUCAACUGGCGAAGUGAGGGCGUGUACGGCAAGAACGGCGCCAACUAUGACAUGCAGUAUGCGUGGUUGAUGAGGACCGAGGUCGACGGGGACGACGGGGAGCGCAAGAUCGUCGAGGUCACGGGAUUUUACGACAGUGUCAAAGUCAUGGCCGUGUUUGAGGGCUAUGUCUUUAAUACUACGAAGGUGUGA